AUGGCCGACCAAAAGAACCAAAUCUCGAAGACAUCACCUAAUGACCAAAUCGACUUCCAAGAUGGCUCGUCCCACGAAACGCACCCGAACACGUACAACAUGGCACUCAAGCUUGCAGAAGCUCAUGCCUCGGAUGAAGUAGACCCAAUCGCUGAGAAGAAGUUGGUCAAGAAAAUCGAUUGGUACCUGAUGCCACUGAUGUGUAUGACCUACGCUUUGCAAUACUAUGACAAGGUUAUGAUAGGCUACGGUGCUAUCUUUGAGCUUAGAGAAGACCUGGAUAUUAUCUAA